GGAAUUUGGAUCCAGAUGUAGAUGAAAAAAUGUUAUAUGAUACUUUCAGUUCUUUUGAUCCUGAUACUGGAAAUAGUAAAGGGUAUGGCUUCAUUUCAUAUGACAAUUUUGAUUCAUCGGAUGCUGCAAUUGAUGCUAUGAAUGGCCAAUAUUUGAUGAAUAAACCAAUUACU